AUGAAUCAAGAGCAAAAACUCAUUACCGAACUCGAAAAGCAUUUCGAUAAUGAAGAAUUUAAGAAAGGUCUCAAGGCUGCCGAAAAAUAUUUAAAGAGCAACCCGAAAUCAGGACCAAUUACAGCUUUUAAGGCUCUCUUCCAGCUUAAGACAGAUGAAAAGAAGCAAGCUGCUGAGACAAUUAUGGCAGCACUCCGUCUUGACAUCAAGAAUCCAACAGUUUGGAAGAUCAAUGGCCAAAUCAACAAAGAACUUGGUGAAUAUCAGAAAGCACUUCAGUCUUACACACAAGCCUACCGUGGAAAUCCAAAGGAUGUCAACACUGUCUCAGAACUUUGCUCAUUAUCAAUCUUUUACGAAAAUUACAAGCAAUUCCUCGAAUACGGCCGCAUUUUGAUUCAGCUCAACCAGCAGCCAUCAAACAUCGUAAAGUAUGUUGUUGCUCUCGCUAUGCUUCACCAGUACGAAGACGCUCUCAAGUACGUCGAAAUUUUCGAGAAAAACCUUAUUGCUUCCAACUCUGCUGAGGAAGCUGUUUUCAGAGACCAAUUCGGCCGUUUCCACGCCCAUCUCCUUAUUCUCUCUGAGAAAUACCAAGAAUGUCUCGAUUAUCAAGACAAUCAAAUCUUAAUUACAGACAGGAUCUCCAUUCUUGAGAAUCGUGCUACAUGCUAUGAGAAGCUUGGAAAUACAGAAAAGUUGUUCGAAACAGUUCACGAAUUACUCAAAGAAUACCCAGAUAAUGGCGAUUACUUCUCUAUUCUUGAACGUCAUCUCGACCAAGACAAGUACGUUUCGGAACUCUACAAGAUUAAAGACGAACUUAAGUCUAAAUACGCACAUGUCCGCAUUCUUGAACUUAUUCCUACAAAUGAUCCAAACUUCCGUCCAUUACUUGAAUCACAUCUUAUUCCUCUUCUUAAGAAGGGCACACCAGCCAUCUUCGCGACUAUCGCAGACUUCACUAACGACAAACUCGAUGUUGCUCUCGAUAUUGCAUCGAAGACAGAAAUUCCAAUCAGCAGCAUCCCAAUCGUUCAUGUUUUCCGUGCACAAGUCUUCCAACAUCGCGAACAAUACGAAGAAAGCAUCAAGGAAUGCGAUGAAGGCAUCAAACAGAAUCCAACCGUUGUCGAACUUUAUGUCACUAAAAUCGAAUCACUUUCUAAGUCCGGCCGCACAAAAGAAGCACUUUGUUCAUCAGAAAUCUUGAGCAAACUUGAUCCAGCCGACAGAAACUCAAACAACAUUUACGUUCGUGCUCUCUACAGAGCUGGAUUUGCUAAACAGGCAAGACUCACUGCAGAACCAUUCUCCAUUGAUCACGAGAAGAAAUCGAAGUUGUUCAAGAACGAGUUCAACAAAGUCCACUUCAGAGCAUCUCGUUGCCAUCUUCGCGGCGGUGAUAUCAACAACGCUUUGGUAUUCAGUGAAGAUGUCAUUGCUCAUUUCGAUUCAUAUCGCAAUGGACAACUCAAUUUCACAAAUUGGGGUGGACGCCGCGCUAUGUCUUUCUUCGAAAUGAUCAAUUGGAGUGCUGAUUUAGUCAACCACAACCAACUUGCUAAAGCAUUUGCUAACGUUUCUCGUAUUUUAAUUCAACAGAAGAAUACGAAUGAACUGAAGCAAUUCGCUCAAAAGAUGGUUAAGACACAUAACCAGCAAUCCAUGGCUUAUCUCGCCGUAAUCUUCGCUAUGUUGUCUGAGCCAAUUCUCUCGCUUAAGUACUAUCUUAAACUAAAAGGAGAAUGGCUCAUCAUGGCAACUCCUAUUGUUGAAAAACUCCUUCCAAAACAAAAGGAUGAAUUGAAGGAACCGGCAAAAGAAGUCUUCGAAGAAUUGUUCCAUAUCACAAAAGAAGAACCAAAGAAUGCAAUUGACUUCCUUUACCUUGCUCGCGGUUUGAUUUACAGUGGUGAUGUAGAUGCAGCGAAGAAGGCAUUGAAACAAGGUGCUUCUCUUGAAAUGAAGUUCGCAACAAGUAUUGAUUACAAUCUUUGCGCGAAAUUCGAAAUGGGUGAUGAAGGUUUUGCAAAAGAAAUCAGAGCUCAGAUCAAUGAGAAGUAUCCUAAGUACGAAAUAGAGAAUGAAACAUUUGAAGCUGAUGAUCCACACGAGUGUGUUUCAAAGAAGGUUGAAAAAUAA